AGUAUGUAGACAUAUCGGUAAUCAGAAGGUAGGUGAAAGCCGCCGACGAUCGGGUCAUUUUUUGUGAUCGAUCAAGCGUAAAUUUUAUACCGUAAGGUUUUAUGUCAAUUUGAAUGUAAGUUAAAUAUGGUCACAUACAAAGUGUUAAAUGGCUUUUAUUGAAAACGAAAAUUGUCGUUUUCUCAUUUGACUGUGUAUAUAAUACAGGGACGUUUCUCUUAUCAACCAAGUAGGACACUUAAUUGAACAGUGAAAUCUGUUUGGUACAACAAGCUCGUCCCAGAAUAUAUCGCCAGUUUAACACCGAAGACGAAUUUCAUUUAGUAUCUACCUGUCGGAAGUCACAGGUAUAUGUGAGCAGAUUGGAUACCAGAGUUAAGGUAGAAUAUCACCAAACAUCGACUAAAGGAUACAGAUAACUGGGAUAAACCACCAAAUCUUACACCAGAGGGGCAGGAUGCCACCAAACCUCCAUUACGUGAACUCCGUCUCUGCCUCCGAGAAGACCGUCAACAAACUACUGUGUCUGGAGGUACCGGUGGUAGGAUUAGCCUGCAAGGGAAUCAAUGUCGGGAAGAAAGGAACUCUAACACUGAUAGCGGUAUCCACGUGUGACGGUGAUGUCUACCUAUUUGAUGUCAAGGUCAAACCAGAGAUUGUCCUUGAUGGGGGACUUAUACGGCUGUUGCAGUCUGUCGAAAUUGUCAAGGUUAUCCACGACUGCAGUCAGGCGUGUGCCAAUCUCCACUUCUCGUUUGGGGUGACACUAAAGAACUACUUUGACACACAGACUGCAGGGUCGGUAAUCCUGGAAUCCCUUGGUCUUCCACCACGUCGUAUAACAUUCGACAGUCUGUGUACACGGUAUCAAAUCGACAGGUUCAUUCCCGACCCACAGCUACAGAACCGCAUUAAAAGUGAUAUGAACUACUGGGGACUUCGCCCCGUCACCAGGGCCAUGCUGAACGUAGCCGCCUCAGAUGUACUGCCUUUAACCCCUGACCUCUACGACAUCAUACACCAACAGUUGAGCCCUGAUUGGCUGGAUUGGUUUGACUGUCGGAGCGAGGAAAACCGCUUGAUGUACAUUAGUCCUAAAAAAGCCAAGGAGAUACAGUGUUCCCGGAUACACAGCGAUGCACGUGACCGACGGUACCUUUUCCGGACACCCGCUUCUAUGAUGUCCCGGGACAACCUGCCCUAUGUCAGGGAUACGGUACCAGAUACAGAUUUCACUCAAGAAUGACGUGUGGGAACUAAACAUAAUACCGG